AAAGACUGAAAGCAGAGUAGAAAGCAGAGUAGAUGCGUGAGUGUGUUAAGUAAAAAAGGGAAAAAAGAGGGGGGUAGGAAGACUGUGAGCUUGAGAAGGUAGAGCUUGACUUUUUGUUAUGUACAAACACAUCUGAUUUAUGUUGACUAGUUUUGUUGAUUAAUUUUUUUAUUUAAUUUUUUCAAAUAUGGUGAUAUAAUUUUUGCCUCGUUAUUAAUAUUUCUCUAUACCUAUUGUCAACAUGUCAAGACUAUCGCCAAGAUCCCAGCUUGAACACGAAAAGAGGGUAAGAAGAGAGAUUGCCAACAGCAAUGAGAGACGACGGAUGCAAAGCAUCAAUGCUGGUUUCAAUUCUCUGCGUACCAUGCUUCCUAAACAUGAUGGAGAGAAACUUAGCAAGGCGGCAAUAUUGCAGCACACAGCUGAGUACAUUCAUCAACUUGAGCAGGAGAAAACUCGUUUACUAUCUGAAAUAUGCCAAUUGAAGCGAUCACAAAAUUGUAGCGGAGAAAAUGAUGGUUCUUUUCAAAAUGUUGCACCUCUGAAAAAGGUGAAAAUUGUCAAUACUGGUAUAAUUGAAUCAGAUUCCUCAGAUGAAGGUAUACAAUGUCAAAUUAAUUCUCGGACAACCACCACCUCAGGAAAUGAAAGUGAAAUAAAUGUCGACGAGUUAAAAAAUGAUCUGGUCGAGGUUAGAAAAGUUCUAGACCGAGAAAGGCGUUUGAGGAUGCAAUUAGAAGACCAAGUUAGAGCCUUAGAAGCUCAAUUAUAUCCAGAAAGAAUCAAAGAGAUAGCUCAACAAGUUCAUUUACAGUUCAAUUCAAAUACUGAGGACAGCCAUAUUUCUGCAAGUGAAGAGACAGCUGCUGCUGUCUCUUCUGUUGUCAAUGAUGAAAUUGUUGCUGAGACAAUUGAAAUCGAAACCCAUAGCUGUCCAGAUAGCCCCCUUCAUCAAACUACCUUUGUUGUUACAGCACCAACAAGUAAUCCUAAUUCAUCACCUCCAAGUCCAACUGGAGGAGAAACACCACAAGAUUUGUCAACCAAACCAAUUAAACUUUCAUCGGUACCAAUGACAACGACACCUUCUAAGGCUAAUCAAAAAUCUGCGCAACCUGCAGCCAUCGCCCUUCCAAUAGAUGUACCUUUUGUAGGCAAUGAAACGACUGGACCAACAACAGUAACUCUUCGGAUAAUCGGUUCAAUCGGAGACGCCACUGCUAGACUCGAAGCUGCUAUUCCUAAUACAACUUCACGACAAAAUCUUGAUACCAUAGUUGAGGCCAUUCGACAUUUAGAGGGUGACCAUCUAUUUAGAGAUGACAUGAAGUUAGUUACCGCUGCAGUCACUCAUCCCAUGUAACUUACCUGGUCCUCAAAUUGUAAAAUUUACUUUUCUUCAUGAUAAUGUUUCGAAGCUCGUUGCACCCAUCUUAUUAUAUUGAAAUAAUAAAAAUCAUUCAACAAAAACUUCAUUCAGAUAUUUUUUCUGAGAUGCCUAAAAGAUACUGCUUCACCUUUGCCAUCAAAUUAUGCAAUUAUUUUGUUAUAUUAUUAUUUAGCUACAACUGAACAGCUACAUGAUUAAACUGUAUUGUUUUUUUGUCAUAA